GUAAUGUGAGAACACAGCCCCCACAACAAACACCAAUUCAUACUACACACAGCUCUUACGUUUACUCUUCUUUCUCUUUCUGUAAACAAGAAUACAAAAAUGCUCACCUUCUUCUUCCUGUUCUUAUCCUGCGCCCUGCGCCCCAUAUCCUCCACCGCCACCCACAACCGCCGUAUUCUUCACCAACCCUUUCAACCGCAAGAUUCCAUACCCCCCUCACAACCUCCUGUCCCCUCACCUCCCACCACCCCUAAAUACCCCUUUUCCACUGCUACUACUCCUAACAACACUCCAUUUUUUCCGUCCUAUCCAUCGCCUCCGCCGCCGCCUUCACCGGCUUCUUUUGCUUCCUUCCCGGUGAAUAUCUCGUCACUCAAUCUCCCCCAGCCUUCUAAAUCCAAAUCUGCCUCCUCUAAGCUCCUUAUUGCUGCCGUCGCUUCUGUAAUCGCCGCCGUUGCCAUUGUCUCCCUCGUAGUGUUCCUCCACUUCCGCAGGCGGAGAAAUCGGUCUUCUAAUGACUCGAAAAGCCAACGAUCUGAUAAUUACAGCAGUGCGCGAAUCAAUCAAACACCGAAUAACAAUCACAUCCCGAAGCUCCAGAGGCCAUCGCAAACUAGUUCGGAGUUCCUCUACCUGGGUACUUUGGUGAAUUCACAUGGCGGAAAUGGUAUUGAUUCGCGCAAUGUUUACAGUGGAAGCAGAACCAGUGACAGUAACGCUUCGAAUUCGAGAAAAUUGAACUCGCCGGAGCUACACCCGUUACCGCCAUUGAAGACCCACAGUUUCAGCCAUAAUUACAGAAAUGCGGAGGCGUUUUCGAGUAAAGAUGAGGAAGAUGAGCAGUUUUACUCUCCCAAAGGAUCGUUAAACGACAGGGAUAGCUCUAUUGGGACUGGAUCGGCUUCCAGAAGGGUUUUUGCAGCUGUAGAGGUGGAGAAUUUCAAUGGGUCUACUUCAAAUUCUUCUUCCACUUACACUUCAUCGGUAACUGGUUCCGGGUCCGUAUCUCCAGUUAGAUCCGUGUCGUUGAGCGUUUCUCCGGCUAUUAGUUUGAGCCCGAGAAAUUCGAUGCUCAAGUCGCCGGACUUGAUCGAGAUUCAGAUGGCUCCGACGCCAAUGCAAACAACAAUGGCGUCAGUGCCUGCUCCUAGUGGUUUGCUGUUUAGGGAAUCUGCAUCGCCGUCGCCGCCAAGUUCUUCGUCGCCAGAGAGAUGUUCAAGGAGAAGUGUAGAAUCUUCGCCUAGGAUUUCAAAUGCUUCGGAUCAGAAUGUGGAGUCUCCAGUAAGAAUCAGUAGUCCUCUCCAACAAAAUGUGACUGUUAUACCACCACCUCCUCCGCCUCCUGCAGUGCAUCUCUCUGUCCCACGGCUACCUCCUGCACCUGUCUCUGUUCCCCCACCGGCUCCACCACCACCAAACUGUAAACUCUGGGAAAGUCCUAGGACUCUAACUCCGCCUGCUCGAAAGCAGGUAUUGGAGCCACCUGUUUUGACAACACCUUUCAGACCAAUUUCGAUUGACACUCCUCCAUUGGUUUCUCCAAUCGAGUUGCCUUCUAGUAAUGCAGAUACUGUUUCAGAUGAAAAGCAAUAUUCCAAUGAGGCUCUGGAGAAACAUGAGGAGCUUACCCCUAAACCAAAAUUGAAGCCACUGCAUUGGGAUAAAGUACGAGCGAGCUCUGAUCGUGAAAUGGUUUGGGAUCAACUCAAAACCAGCUCAUUUAAAUUGAAUGAGGAGAUGAUCGAGACAUUGUUCCUUGUGAAUACUCCGAAUCCAAAUCCAAAGGAAAUGGCCAAGCGGCCAGUUCUUCCAUCACCUAACCAAGACAGCGGUAAUCGGGUACUUGAUCCAAAGAAGUCUCAGAACAUUGCCAUUCUGUUGAGGGCACUAAAUGUCACUGUAGAGGAAGUUUGUGAAGCCCUUUUAGAAGGUAUUCCCAUAGUGUUAGUCUAAUCGUUUAUAUUUCUG